AUGUACUACAGCAAGAAGCACGGUCAUUAUGGGCUGAAGGUCGAAGCGAGCGUCGUACCCACUGGAUUUGCCCUCAACGUCACGGCAGCUGUGUCCGGGAGCGUCGCCGACAUCAGCAUCUUCGAGGCCAACGAGGCCUUCCACGCGGACAAGAUGCGCAAGACCGAUGCCGAACGCGACACGCCCGAUGCCGGCCCUAUGCUCGACGAGUACCCCAAUGACCGGGCCAUUUUGGCUAACAAGGGGUUCCAAGGACUCCACCGUCGCAUGCGUGCCAUCACCCCAGCGAAACGGCCCCCUGGCGGCUUGCUCACUAUGAGCGACAUGGAGUACAACGACAACAUUGCUACAGACCGCGUGAUCGUUGAGAACUACUUUGGUCGUUUGAAGACGCUCUGGGCGAUCGUAAACGAGUCCUACAAGUGGAAGCGAGAGAACUACGAUCUUUACCUUGAAACCUGUGUUGCGUUGACUAAUUGUCACAUUCGUUUUUCUCCUUUGCGGGUCGACGACAGCCAUGAACGCAACCGGUAUUUGAACGCCCUCAUGAAGAAAGCCAAGCGUGCCGUUGCAGUUAAAAAACAUCGCGAGAAGCGCAAGUUGCGUUUGGGCACGUUUUUGCCGUGUGGUGAAAAUGCCUACUUCGAUUUGGACACUGAAUUAUACCCAAGUGGUGACGAUAGUGCAAUUUUUGAAUCGAAAGCGUUCGAUCAACAACUUUUUACCAAGUCUUUCACACUUACCAAAGUGCUUUACGAUAUCACCUCACACAAUGGAAACCACUUGGAGCGAUUGGAAAUGACUGCGUCAGUUACGAAAUAG